UGAAAAAUGCAAUUUUCAUUUCCACCUUCAAUAUGAGGAAGCCGAAAAAGGAAAGACACAAGAAAAUGUAAAAAAAAAAAAUGGAAUUUUUAAUUAGAGGGGGUAGGUGUGAGAUUGACCCAAACCAUUCGACCCAAAAUCCACCUAAUAUAAAUACCCUGACCCUCCCCAUUUGAUAUCUCAGCUUGGACGUUCCUUUCUUUUUUUUUAAGAAGAAAAGAAGAACUUACAAGCUUUUUCUGUACACCAGAUAGGACUUGACUUACAUAAUCUACCAUUCAAUUCCAACUACCACUUUUUUUUUUUUUUUUCUGUUCAAAUCGGAAUCCCCCAAUUUCCAGGCUGCAAUUUUUGAACGGCCCAAUUGAACAAAAUAUAGAGCUAUGCAAUCCAUUCAUUCUACUUCUUCGUCGGGAUUAAUGAAUUCCGGUGCUCUCAAAUCCAUUAUUCCCGGAACUUCUCCAACUACUACGACUCAGCCGCCGCUAAGUCUGACUUUCAACCACCGGGUCAGCUCCAACCCGGCUCGACUGGUUGUUCGGAGUGUCUACCAAUUCGACUCCGCGUCGGCCAGCACCAAAGUCAACAAUGUCAAUGGUGCUAACGGCUCACCGGCGGCGGCUGUGACGGCUCCGGCCAGUUUCAACAUCGGGGGAGUUGUUGGUGGAGGGAGCCGGGCGGAUUGGCAGAGUGCAUGUGCCAUUUUAGCUAGCAAGGUGGUUUCUCAGCAGCAGGACACGGAGAAGAGUGGCGGCGCCGGCGGGCAAAUCACCGCCGUGAAUGGCCAUAAGGCGGCGUCUGCGUCUCUGGAUCUCGUCCCGAUUGAUUCUCUUCCCAAGGCGCUGACGAUUGCGGAUCUCUCGCCUGCUCCGAUGCACGGUUCGAAGCUCCGGGUAGCUUACCAGGGAGUUCCGGGCGCUUUCAGUGAAGCCGCCGCCGGAAAAGCUUACCCGAAAUGCGAAGCCAUUCCCUGUGACCAAUUCGAAGUUGCAUUCCAAGCCGUGGAGCUCUGGAUUGCUGACAGAGCCGUCCUUCCCGUUGAGAAUUCCCUCGGCGGCUCAAUUCACCGGAAUUAUGACCUCCUCCUCCGCCACCGCCUCCACAUCGUCGGCGAAGUCCAACUCCCAGUUCACCAUUGCUUAUUAGCCCUUCCCGGAGUCAGAAAAGAGUACCUCAGCCGGGUCAUCAGCCACCCUCAAGCCCUGGCCCAGUGCGAGCACACGCUCACCAAAAUGGGACUCAACGUCGCCAGGGAAGCCGUCGACGACACGGCCGGCGCCGCCGAGUUCGUGGCGGCGAACAACCUCCGCGACACGGCGGCGAUUGCGUCUUCACGCGCCGCCGAGCUGUACGGCUUGCAGAUCCUGGCGGACGGGAUCCAGGACGACUCGAGCAACGUGACCCGGUUUGUGAUGCUGGCGAGGGAGCCCAUCAUCCCCCGGACCGACCGGCCGUUCAAGACCAGCAUCGUGUUCGCCCACGACAAGGGCACCAGCGUGCUGUUCAAGGUGCUGUCGGCGUUCGCGUUCCGGAACAUCAGCCUCACCAAGAUCGAGUCACGGCCGCACCGGAACCGGCCGAUCCGGCUGGUCGACGACGCCAACGUCGGCACGGCGAAGCACUUCGAGUAUAUGUUUUAUGUGGAUUUCGAGGCGUCGAUGGCGGAGGUCCGGGCACAGAACGCCUUGGCCGAGGUUCAGGAAUUCACGUCUUUCUUGAGGGUUUUGGGAAGUUAUCCGAUGGAUAUGACGCCGUGGAGUCCUUCCCCGGGAGAAUAAUAGUUUUCCUUUCCACCAUUGUUUUUUCUCUUCUUCUUCCUGUAAAUUCCAUCACCAUCCCAAAUUCCCAAUUUGGAAAACCAAAAAAAAAAAAAAAGAAUUACAAUGUUAUUUACUUUUUUUUUAUUUUUCAAAAAAAAAAAAAAAGGAGACUGGAAGAAAUUACAGUGAGAGAGAGAGAGAGAGUUUUCUGGAUUGAGAAUUUGGAAUUAUAGUGAAUUCUCUGUCCAAUAAAUGUUUUUUGGUUUUUAAUGAAUUACUAUUUUUUUGUUGUAUUAUUAUUGUUUGUCAAAAUUGUGGGUAAAUAUAUGAUGGAAAAUGUAGGUGGGUCUAUUGUGGGAGGAUACUGGAACUAUUUCAGACAUUUUUAUGUCAGCCAAUGUUUUCAGUCAUACUGGAAGGACAAUGAUUGAACCAAAAUUCAUAUACACUACUGCUUUUACUUUUUUAUUACACUUUUCUUUCAGUAUUACUCCCUCCGUCCCAUAAUUAUUGUACACUUUGUCCAAAAAAUUUUGUUUCAAUAUUAUUGUCCAAUUUGACUUUUUA